UCUUUAAAUCUAGGCUUUUGACAAGAAAUGGGGAGGACAGAAACCCCCCAACAAAAAUAUAUUACCAAACGCUCCACAUUUAUUUGUAUUUUAUAAACACCAGAUCUCGCAAGCCUCCAACUUACGCCAUCGCAUUUUGUUUAUAGGUUAGAUCUCUCUUUCUCUCUCUUGAAUUCCACGCCAUUCUUCAGGUCGCAUUUCAAUCGAAUUUCACUCUUUGUUCAAUGGUCGAAUACUUUGUUGAGUUUUGAGAUUUGGUUUCGGUUUCCAAAUUUUGUGCAUCUCCUGGCUUUGAAUGACUUGCCACUGUGAAAUACCUGUGUUGGCUACUGAAAUUUGAUUGUGAUGAUUCGCCAUUGUGGUGGCUUGAUUUGGGGUAUGUAGAUGGCUUUUAGUUAGAAUACAAAGGGAGAUGGUAGGGAGUUGUUAUGAUAAUAAACUACAGGUUGAAUACACAGGAGUUGAUUACAAUUCAAGUGAAAUUCGAGGUUCUCCUAUUCACAGAGAUCCUUCAUUCUCACGCUGGCGCGAUGAAGAUGGGAAUGUUCAUUUUGAACGUCAAUUAGAAAAUUCUGAUGCAAGCGUUGAAGACUCUAAUUUUGAAUUGCCUUUGCUUCUGCAGGACAGGGUAGAAAAUGGGAAUGUAGGUACUGAUAGAUAUCAAUAUAAAAAUAGGUUUCAGAACAAAAUUAUGCACUUGAAUGGUAAUAAUACCAUGGAUCAGGAAAUCAAUAUGCACACCAUGGAUCAUGAAGUCAAUAUACACACCAUGGAUCAUGAAAUCAACAUACACAACAGAGGGAAGGAAAAAGAGAAUUAUGUGCCAUUUGAUAUUGGAAAUAGGUCUCCCAGGGAGAUACGCUUAUCAAAUAGCAGCGAUAAUAGUGCUGAUUCUUUUGGAAAUCAUGAAAAGCUGCCGCUGAAGUCUAAGAGCCCUGUGUCUGCUGCUGAUGUGUUGAAGACUUUGUUUUUUAUACUUGUUUGGUACACUUUCAGCACAUUUUUGACCUUGUACAAUAAAACUCUCCUAGGGGAUGAUUUGGGAAAAUUCCCAGCUCCAUUACUGAUGAAUACUGUCCAUUUUGCCAUGCAAGCUGUUUUAUCAAAGUUUAUCACAUGGUUUUGGUCUCAUAGAUUUCAACUCACUGUUGUUAUGACAUGGAGGGAUUAUUUUAUGAGAGUUGUACCAACAGCUCUUGGAACUGCAUUGGACGUUAACCUGAGCAAUGCAUCCCUGGUUUUCAUCUCUGUCACAUUUGCUACAAUGUGUAAAUCUGCAUCUCCCAUAUUUCUUCUCCUAUUUGCCUUUGCAUUCAGGUUGGAGUCUCCAAGCAUUAAACUUUUAGGAAUCAUCGUAAUAAUCUCUGUUGGGAUUUUAUUGACAGUGGCAAAGGCGACAGAAUUUGAGUUUUGGGGAUUUGUGCUUGUUAUGCUUGCUGCUGUUAUGUCUGGGUUUCGCUGGUCCAUGACUCAAAUUCUUCUGCAGAAAGAAGAAUAUGGUCUAAAGAAUCCACUUACAUUGAUGAGCUAUGUCACUCCAGUGAUGGCAAUUGUAACUGGUCUUCUUUCUUUUAUAUUUGAUCCAUGGUAUGAAUUUAAAAAGAGCAGUUACUUUGAUAAUUCUUGGCACAUUGCUCGAAGCUGCUUGUUGAUGUUUUUUGGUGGAACUCUCGCCUUUUUCAUGGUUUUAACAGAAUACGUCCUUGUUUCAGUAACUAGUGCUGUCACAGUAACUAUUGCUGGUGUUGUCAAGGAGGCAGUCACCAUAUUGGUUGCAGUCUUUUACUUCCAUGAUGAAUUUACAUGGUUGAAAGGUGUUGGCCUUUUAAUCAUAAUGUUGGGCGUGAGUUUAUUCAACUGGUACAAGUAUGAAAAGCUAAAAAAGCAUAAUGUGAAUGAAGAUGACUUCGCUGGGUCACCUACAUCAAAUUUUGCUGCAAAAUAUGUCAUACUGGAGGAAAUGGGUGAUCAAGAUGAUGCCAGUUAGAGCUUUUGUAUUCUUGAGUUGGUCGUUGGAGAAGCUUGUGAUGAAUGCUGCUGGCAAACUAGUAUUGUGUUUGCCGAUUUCUUCAGCCAUUAAUGCGUGCACUUAUAUCGUAUGAUUAAGAAAUUUUGGGGCAUUGUAAGAAUCCAGAUUUAUUCCUUAAGACUUUUUUUUUCCCUUGGCAUGAUUACAGAAGAGUUUUUUUUUUUUUUUUUUUAAUCUAAAGUUUUCUUAAAAUCUGAGUAUUAGAGAAUAUUUGUUACAUUUUACUGCAGUAAGACACAUUUUUGAGGCUUAGUUUAUUCAAUUGUGGGUUCUCCGUUCCCCACUGUUUUCGUAUUUGUUGUGUAGAAAUAAGAUGUCUGUAUGUGGAUUUUGCGGAUAUCGGGAGGAAGAGGAGUUGUGCUGUUUAAUUUGUAAAUGCAAUAUUCCUGAAUGAUUGUAACUGUAAGCUUAGACUA